AUGAUAGGACCGACUUUUCCGACAACAUACUCAUGUAAUACAAGUACUUCUUGUGGUUGUUCGACCAAAUCAGCAAUAUUGACUAGAAUAAUUGGAGGAGAAGCAGCUGGCUUGCAGACUUGGGGUUGGGCUGUAUUAUUAAGUAUUAAAGACUCAUUAUGUGGUGGAUCGAUUAUUGCGGAUUCGUGGAUUCUUACAGCAGCUCAUUGUGUUAUGGGAGCCACUGUCAGUCAAAUUACUAUUUACGCUGGCUCCAAUGCGCAAAGGAAUGGUAGCCAGAUUUUAUCAGUAGCAACAAUUACAAUUCAUCCACACUAUUCUCCAUCCACCUAUGUCAAUGACAUUGCUCUUCUUUAUCUGUCAACUCCAUUGAAUAUAACUGAUCGUAGUGUCAGUACCAUUUGUCUUCCAUCAGUUAAUCUUUCAACUUUAUCAGCUAGUGAAUGGCCCCCACCUGGAACAAGAGUAGUAGCUGUGGGUUGGGGUCGAUUGAGCGAAAAUGGACUGACAGCGUCGAUACUUCAACAAGUAACAAUGCGAACAGUUGAUCACCGAUCAUUGAUGUGUUCUUCUGUGAUCAAUGAUUGGUCAGUUCAAUUUUGUGCUAUGGCUUCGUACAAAGGCAUAUAUUCUUGA